GGCGGGCGAGCGACCCCACAACAGCCCCCACAUCUCUGCUUCCUGUGACCGAGCCUGCCCCCGGGGCCCGCGGCGGCCCCGUGCGCGAGCACUGACCUCUGCGGAGGCGGCGCGGGCUCAGCAUCGGGCCGGGGCCGGGAGGGGCACCGGGGCCGGGGGGCGGCGCUCCGGCCCGGCCCGGCCCCGCCCGAUGUCCAUGAGUGCGAACACCAUGAUCUUCAUGAUUCUGGGGGCGUCGAUCGUGAUGGCCAUCGCGUGCUUGAUGGACAUGAACGCGCUGCUGGACCGAUUCCAUAACUACAUCCUCCCGCACCUGCGGGGCGAGGACCGCGUCUGCCACUGCAACUGUGGCCGGCACCACAUCCACUACGUGAUCCCAUACGACGGGGACCAGUCGGUGGUGGACGCAUCUGAGAACUACUUUGUGACAGACAAUGUGACCAAGCAGGAGAUCGACCUUAUGCUGGGGCUGCUCCUGGGCUUCUGCAUCAGCUGGUUCCUGGUGUGGAUGGAUGGUGUCCUGCACUGUGCUGUGCGCGCCUGGAGGGCUGGCCGGCGCUAUGAUGGCUCGUGGACCUGGCUGCCCAAGCUGUGCAGCCUGCGGGAGCUGGGGCGGCGGCCGCACAGGCCCUUCGAGGAGCCCACAGGGAACAUGGUGCAUGUGAAGCAGAAGCUGUACCACAACGGCCACCCCAGCCCGCGGCACCUGUGAGUGCACAGGACUCGGGGCUGCUGUGCACAUGUAAAGGGACCUCGUGGACACUCAGCUGGCGAGACGGGACUGCGGCCUCAGGCCCAGAGUAUGCUGGGCUGUGGCCAGCUGGGCUGUGGCCAGCAGGCAAAUCCAGUGGAAGGUGCUGUCUCUUCUUUUUAUAAAGGGGGUCGGGUGGGGGCUGGGGUUGGGAUGGCCACUGGGCUUCAGGGACAGCAGCCUGGUUUCCACAGUGAGCAGGACACAAAGGCAGGCUUUUAGAGAUGCUGGGGCCAGGGGUGGUGGGUUCGCAACGGGGACAGGUAUGGCCUGGGUCACGAUAGCCUAAGGCCACAUCUCAUUGAAAGCCACAGUUUCCUGUGCACCUGUCGUCCAUCCGUCCAUCUGGAGGGGGAGGGAUGUGUCAGGGCCUGCGCCCAUCUGCACACGGGAGCAUGUGCAUGGGGCGUGUGCGACUGGAGGAUUGGCGGGUGGGACUGGAAGGGCGGGCCCCCAGCAGCAAUAAAGAUGUGGUGGCGCCCCAGGUGUCCCAGCCCUCACUGUGAAGCCGACCCUGCCUGGCCAGUAAAUUCUCCAGAAAGCUCCA